CACCUGUGAGACACACACACACACACGCGUGCGCGCGCGCAUUAACCUGCUCUCGCACACACGCCGCUGCUGGUUCUGGGUGGAGCGGUGACGUCGUGUCCUGCGGAACACAAGUGGGUCCUUGACGUCGCGCGCACUUCGCUUGCAGAUGCGGGUCGCGGAGGAGGAGAGAGGCGGCGGCGAGAGGAGGCUCUAGACUCCGCCGAGAGGGAGCGGCGGGGACCCCCGGGGCGGCACUUCCAGGAGAGCGCCAAGCAUGGAGGACUCGGAGCCCGCGGAGGACGGCUUGCUCGCGGGUCUGCGCUGGAACCGGAGCGCGCGGGACCAGGCGCAGCUCAAGCACAAGAUUCGGGAUCUGCCGGGGCUGCUGAAGCACGGGCUGCACCUGCGGAAGAAGAGCCAAUCACCUGACACUAUACCUGGGCCCAGCUCCGGACCGACGGUACACAAGUCUUGCUCUCAGAGUUUUCCGUGUGCUGGCCGAGCUGUGAGGAACGCUUUCCUGUCUCAUGGGCCGUAUCCAGCGAAAGACAAGAUUCACCUGGCCAGAAUCAUACGGCGCAGCUAUGUGGGUGUGGAGCUGGUGCAGUGGCUGUGCGAGCAGUGUGUCUAUGUACGAUGUCGAACCACCGCUGUGCGCGUCUGGCAGGUGCUGCUGGAGCUUGGAGUCCUGCUGUCUGUGGACCAGCGAGUCGUCUUCUCCGACUCCAACUCUUACUAUCAGUUCAGCUUCGAGGAGUGCGACUCGUCCUCCUGCGAGUUUCGCUCCAACGAGUCCGAGUGGCCAGAGGCUGUGCGACUCCUGCUCCAGCUCGCGCCCUACGUUCAAUUCCGCUCGGGAGGCGGAGCCUCCAGCCCGUCGGAUGAGGACUCGGAAGGCAACAGGGACAUCUGCAGUGAGAUCCUCCAGAUGAAAGCUCUCGAGAGACUCACUUCCACGGUACAAAGUGAGUUGGCGGCUGCUCUCGCCAGAAAGACUCGCAAAGCGUUAUCGGAGCAGGACUCUGAGACGACGGAGACAAACCAGCAGGAGCUUCGGACACCCAGCGAGGAGAGCAGCCCGCUCGGGGGAGUGUGCACUUUGCGUGGCGGCAACAGCAGCGGAGGAGGAGUGGGCACCAUGUGUGGACGCGAGGAUCUGACCAGCAGGCUGGGUUUGGAGGCCGUCCAGCGCCUGGCCAAAGAUGGCUGCAGGCUGCUGCAGAACCACAACUACAGACUGCCGGACAGAAACCAGGCGGAAGCCCUGGGUCGAGUAUGUCUGAAGGAGAGAGGCCGUGAUGUUUUGGUGUUGCGAAGAGUAACCUCGUCGGUGACGUCGCCGUCAGAGCGACCGUCGCCCACAUCAUCCGGGGGCGGAUCCAGAGAGGAGGAUGGCGACAAAAGGUAUGUGGUGGUGUCUGGAACGCCGCUGAAGAUCUUGGAGCAUCUGCUCAGUGACCUGCGACUAGAUGACCAGAGAGGGGCGCCAGAGAGCAGAGAGAGCGAAAUGCUGCUGGAUGACUUCCUGUUGACCUAUCUAGUGUUCAUGUCCACGAGUGACCUUUGCCAGGCCCUGCUGGGACACUAUAGCAGUGGCCGCAGCAGGGGCCAGGAGGAAGGCAAGGACACCCUCUUCAGGAAGCGUAAGGUACUGCAGCUUGUGUCCCACUGGAGCAGACUCUACAAGGACUUCUUGAAGGAGGAGGAGCAUGUCAGGAGCUUCAUGAAGACGUUGUACCGGUGCGUGCUGGAGGACCUGUAUGAGUUCCCCACGUUAGAGAAGGACCUGAAGGAGUUCCAGAAGCUUCUGCGCCGCAGACACACCGUGGAUGACUGUCCUCCAAACCAGAAGAGUAAACACAUGCACCAGCAGCUGAGCUUGAAGGAGAACUGUCUGCAGCAAAGAAGUUCGCCAACAGAGACGAGAGAGGUUAUUUGUUGUGUGUACGUGAGCACUGACUCCUACCUCAGUGUCCACAUCCAUCCUCUGCUGGAGGCUCACGAGAUGAUCCGAAUCGUGGCUCAGAAGAUGGAUAGAGCAGAAGAAGACAUCGAGCUGGCCGUGGUCCUGCUCAGUGGAGAGCGGCGGUUGCUGCAGCCCAGUGACUGUGUUUAUUCUGAGUCACUGACGCCACAGGGGAAGCUCCUCGCUUGCCGCCGGGACCUCACAGAGCUGCUGCCUCCUCUAACAGACAGUGCCGAGCUGAGCAGGAGACCUGUGCGACUUUUGGGAAUGAACACUUGGGAUGUGGCCGCUGCCCUCACACACCUGGACUGGAGCCUCUUCAAGUCCAUUCAUGAGCAAGAGUUGGUGUACUACACUCUGAGUCGUGUUCCCGGUUCGGGCCAGACGGCGGCACUCUCACUCUUACUGCAGCGGUGUAAUGAGGUCCAGCAGUGGGUCAUGUCUGAGGUCCUGAUGUGUGUGUCGCUCAACAAGAGAGUGCAGCUGCUCAAGAAGUUCAUCAAGAUCGCGUCCCAUUGCAAAGCUCAGCGGAAUUUAAACUCCGCGUUUGCCAUCAUCAUGGGCCUGAACACGGCUGCUGUCAGUCGACUGAACCAAACGUGGGAGAAAUGUCCAGGGAAGUUCAAGAAGCUUUUCUCCGAGUUGGAGCUCAUCACAGAUCCAUCCCUCAACCACAAGGCCUACAGAGAAGCCUUCAAGAGGAUGAAGCCUCCCAAAAUCCCCUUCAUGCCUCUUCUUCUGAAAGAUAUCACCUUUAUCCACGAGGGAAACAAGACCUUCCAUGACAACUUGGUGAACUUUGAAAAGCUGCACAUGAUCGCAGACACGGUGAGGAUGAUCCGACACUGCCAAAGUGACGUGCCAGGGAAUGAGGUCAUCGGGGUCGACAGCGCCGAAAUACGAGCGAGCGUUCACUGCCUGCACAUUAUCGACAAUCAGCAGACACUUUUCGAGCUGUCACACAAACUGGAGCCUCGCAUCUAAACACCGCCGUCAUGUGACCGUAUGACACGCCGCACUGCUUUGUGGAGCAACAAGUCACCGUCAACCAAUGACACACACAAACCUACCAGCAGUGGUGCCAAGAGGACUUUCCGGUGCCAUGUGUUCGCUGCUCACCCGUGUUCGACGCAGGCUUUCUAACACUGGACAUUUGAUAAUGAAGGACGUGAGCACACACACACACAGAAGGCCAAACUGAGACUGAGCGCAAUGCAGACUGUCAUUGCUUUGUACAGAAUCCAUGGACUGAACAUGCACUUGCUUUUGUCCUUGUGGUUUUUAUUUUUUUGUUUCUUUUGAUAUUUAUGAAUGUCCGCUUCAUUUGGUUCUCAGAUGUGCUGGUGUCACUCACAAUGGCCUCGUCAUUUCAAGCCCUCGAUGGUGUCCUCGGCUGAAUAUCUGUCACAAGUCUGUGACGCAUCUUCCUUUGACCCACUCGGCUGCUCAUAUAAAUGGACCUCAACCUUUUUUUUUUUGGUCUUAAAAGCACUGUAAACUCUUCUUUUGAACUGUGCAGUUGUCAAGUUUUAUUUCAAGAACGUGUAGUAGGUGGUCGCCAUAGCAACACCAGCUGAUCAUGUCGUUUUUCCUUUCAUCCUCUGUGAUGCAGGUUUGUAACCGUUGACUGAAGCAGACUGAAACGUUUUUGUGUUAGAAUAACAUCAAAGAAAAAUGGAGAUUAUGAAACACAGGUUUAGCGACGACACGCCCCUCAACUGUAAACGCAGUGUGUUUCUGCAGAAUUUGCCGCACGUGUUCUCCUUUGAAAACCAAUACAACCAGUUGCAUCCACAGGCGAUUUAAAUAGAAUGUAGCAAACCACAAUUGUUUAAUCCCAAACCUUUCAAAUUCUUCUAACUUUCCAAACUCCUCCAGUGCCAAAUUUGCAUCACUGCAACACCAAAGUCAAGUGCUCAGUUCCAUUAACCUGUCUGUACUUUUGAAUGCUGAUCGGGUUUUGAGCAGCUUAGUCAGAGUGAGCCACAUUUAUUCACGUCACUCAUUGUCACGCACUACAAAGUUGUGAGUCGUGUGCGUAACAUUCACUCUGACUUCUGAUGCGUCGUCACCGACCGCUAGAACUGCAAGUGAAAACAGCCAUGUUCUGUUAAUAUUCGCUGUUGUGGACAUUGUUUUUAAUAUUAACCUGUACAUGACGCUGCACAAACAUGUUCUAAUAACAGAUUGGUAGUUAUUUAUUGUUAUAUCUAGUUUGUGUGUUUCUUGGGUGGCAAAGUGUCCCAGUUUACGUGCCAGAGUUCCAGAUGUGGUUCCAAGUGAUGGAGUGGUGUUGUUACCACCAGGGGGCAGCACAGGCGCGCAACACCGUUGCCGCGUGCGCGUCCCUCCCCGAGGAAGAAAAGCACAACCAGCUGUUCGUUGAAAGUGUCGCCCGGCGCUGCCAUGACUGUAGUUUCGUUUAACGCAAAAAAAAAUGUUUGCAUGAUUAAAUAUUUUGAAGAGGACUCGCUGAAGGUUUGUACUUAUGUACUAUUGUCGAUGUGUAAAUACGGCUAUGUUUGCUAUGUUCUAAAUUAACGGAGAAGAGAAAAGCAAUACACCUCCUCCUUUCGUGUCCCCCCUCAAGUAUUUUCUAAAGAGGUGUUUUACUAUGUUCAACUUUUACUGAGAAGAAUAAAAUUUAGCUUUUAUGUGACGUCUCCAGCUCGACUGGUGGUCUUCUUUAUUCCCCGCUGGAAGUUGUUGAGGAAGCCGUGAAGACAACUUGAGCGCGCGCGGAGGAGGAAGGCUACUGCGCAUGCUCGAAACAGUUCGGACAGGAGCAGGCGACCCGGCGUAGCCUCUUGCUGGGUGGACCCUCCUGGUCAGAAGAGCUCUGAACAGAACCCAGCUGGUCCGGACUCAUCGAUGAGCCCGGUGCCACGGUGACAGCCACUGGAGACGACUGAACUUUGAUCCCU